AUGCAGCUUUCACGGACAUAUCCAGCAGAACAGCAAUGUUUAAGAUCAACUACAUCGGCACAAUAUACUGACGUCGGUCGCAACUCAUGCUGUUAUCGUUUACUUCACCGUCGUCAUUAUUGCCGACGAAUGUUCGCGUUAAACCAUUGUUCAUUUCGAACUUGUCUUGUGAUUAUCGUCUUAUGUUCGUUCAUUGUUUAUUAUCAUUCUUGGAGACAAACGAAUUUACUUGAUAUCAGUCGUCAACCGUCGAAAUCCGUUAGAAUACUCUAUCUUGUUCGAACAAGCGCGCGUUUCUAUGAAAAACGUCUGACGUAUCUCUUAGAGACAUGGAUAGCAUUAGUCAAAUCAGAUACGUUCUUCGUUACGGAUACCCCUCUACCCAAUAUAGAGCAAGAUCAUAUGAUUCUAACGAAAGAAACAUGUGGCUUAGAUGCUCAUACAAUGGGUAAUCUAUGCUGCAAAACCGCGCAUGACUUUCAACUCUAUCGGCGACAUAUUUCGACAUACGACUGGUUCUGCCAUUUCGAUGACGAUCAAUACGUUAAUGUAGAUAACUUACAAAACUAUUUGUCAACUCUGAAUUUCAAUACACCCUAUUACAUUGGACGUAACUCAUGGCCUAGUACACUUAAACGGACUAAACAUCCCUAUCCUACUCCAUUCUGGUUCGCUACAUUAGGUGCUGGUGUGUGUCUUUCAAAACGCACGAUUGAACUUCUUAAUCCUCAUGUACAAAAUGUUUCGCAAUAUGUUGAUGGUUGCAUACGAGAGAAUUAUCACGAUGACAUCUAUCUAGGUUUUCUCUUACAUGCUUAUCUGAAAAUACCCUUAACGAAAAAUGAACAUUUCCAUUCCCACAUCGAGAAAACAUUUUAUAGCAAUCAACAGCUAUUUCUGCAUACGUUUAGAGAUGAAAUUACAUUUGGUUUUCGUGCUGAUAAGCGUUAUCCUUAUUUUCUUCCACAAAUCGAUAAAUCUAAUCUCGAUCCACUUCGUAUACGUGCACUGCAUUGUCUACUCUACACACAUUUGAAAGAAUGUCAAAGAAAACUUCAACAACAUCUUUUUAAUUCAACUGAAUAG